UGGGCAGAGGCGUCAGGGUCUCAGGAGUCAUUCAGGAGUGGUUCGACCGACUCUCUUUUGCUGUUGCCGCUGCGCUCGCCGGAUUUUAUUUGUUUCUGAAUUCGCUGUGCGCCUGCAGAGCUCGUGCGUCAUACCGUCAAUACCACUGCGGUUGCUGCAUCAGUUGUGAGUGACUGUGAGCGAACUUGACCCGAGCACAGAGUCGUCGACGUGUGACGAGAGGCAUCACGAUGGGGAAACUAAUGCAAACAGCAGGCUGUAUUAACCUCAUGAAGUUUUUGCUCAUGACGUUCAAUAUAAUAUUUGGCGUGACGGGCCUGGUGCUGCUCAUUCUCGGUGUAUGGAUGAACGUGUCACUGUACCAUGUGCUGAAACUCUCGACCGACUACAACCGGCACAUGCCAUUGCUCUUCAUUGCCACUGGCCUGCUUGUGCUCCUGGUGGCAGUGCUUGCCUGUGUGGCCACAGCCAAGGGCCAGUCUGUUCUCCUCUACAUUUUUGGCUCUCUGCUGGUGCUGGUAUUUGUGGCGGAGCUGACGGCUGGCAUAGUGGGAUACAUGUACAUCCGGCAGGUGCGCGAGGGCAUCGGCCGUGGCAUGAAUUCCUCCCUAGCACACUACAGCGGCAAUGGUGGCAUGGCUGAUGAGACAGUGGACUUUGUCCAAGACAAGUUGACAUGCUGUGGCCUGAAUAAUCCGGACGACUGGGCUGAGACUGAUUUCUACAAGAAAAACAACCAUUACCCCAAGAGCUGCUGUUCCAGCCGUGCCAUCUGCAAUGCAGAAGACCCCACUCUGCAUCUAGAGGGCUGCUACGUGAAGGUUAUUCGUUUCUUGGACACAAACCUGAGUGCCAUCGCAGGUGGUGCUGUCGGCUUUGCAUUCUUUCAGCUUGUUGGAGUGCUGUUGUCCUUCUGUCUGGCCUCAAAUAUCAACAAGGCCAAGUACGAGCGUGUCUAAGUGCCUUAUCAGGUAGGGGCACGCCGUCUGGUGCAAUGUCACAACAGCGGAUCCACAGUGUUUCUUGCACUGGCACCACGCACGGCGUGGCCAGCACUGUUUCACUAGGCACAACUUCGCAUCUCCCUGCAGAAUCUUGAAACUGUUCCAGACGAAUGGUGGGCCCAUGCAGCUUUCCAGGCACACACAGAGCACCGGCCAGCGUGUGGACGACUGCACAACACUCUUCAGUCACACUGUAUGCCGUUACGCCUGAGUGCUCAUUCACACCGGCUACUAAGGGAAGGUCGCGUAACUGACUUCAAUUAGCGACCAAAGAGCGACUCACGGCGGGCAAUGUUUAUACCGGCAAACCUAGCCUACUCAUUGCCACACCAAAAGUUUCUCAAUAUGUGUCGCUCACCCGCUAUCACCAUGUAAAAUAAGAAUGUCCUGCUUUUGUGGCGCUGAUUGGUUUAGUAGGUUUCCAACUGCAGUCGUGCAACUGAAAAUCUAGCAGCAAGUGACUGACCCAAAACAUUUGGUUUUUAACCAAAGCGACCAUUUGCGACCGACAUGGUCACGCAGCCUCUGCGAGUUGCCGGUGUGAAUGAGCCCUGACCCUGCCUGCUUUUGCAGCAUUUCAAAGCCGCCUACUUUGUUUUCGUGAAACUACUUGGGUGCCCCUCUUGGCAUCCUUGAAACAGUUGCAUGGAAGGAGAAGCUGCCUACUGCAUGAGAGGCACGGCUCUGGACUGGCCAGUUGUGCCGUGGCCACGACAGGGCUGCUGUGCUGCCGUCCUGCCCUGUACAUACUUAACUUAGUGCAAGUGUUUGCAGAAUCUCUUGGAACAUGUGUGCAACGAAAAUUGGAGUGUAGGUGCAUGCAUGGAGUCACGUAUUGGUACGUGUAGCUGUGAGCUAUAUGAAAGGGAACACCGAAUUCAUAACCCCCAAAAAAUUUGACAAAUUUUUGGAUGCAUCUUGUCCCCAAAUAUUAAUCGUCAUCUGUCUUGCUUGUGUUUCCUUGUAAAAUCUGUGCUUCCUACUUUUCUUUCAAGAAUGCCUGUCACGCAAUAACAUGCAAGCCGUUGUUGACCUGAAAGUACAGGAUGUAGAGCGUUAAACAAAGGAAGGGCAUGCAAGAUGGGUGACAAUCAUUGUUUGUGGACAAGAUAAGACCCAAAUGGUGCGAACUUUUCUUAGGGUGAUUCUUAAACAACAAUUACUUGUUUGACAUGAAUUCAAAUAUGAAAUCUUAGUUUGCAAAGCUUUUCUGUUGAGCAUAAAGUUUCAUUGAACACUUCUGUGCGGGGUGCAUGCAUUAGAGGGCCCCUCGUCAGGACUCAUAGCAAAUUUUUGUUAUAUGCUGGACGUUGUUACAUGUCCUCUAGGGAGCAUUCUGCUGCAAAAUUUUUCCAACGCAGCUCAUUAAUAGUCGAGAUAGAAAUAUUUCAGUGUCGCGAACCGAUGAUUUCAGGAGGUGAGCUUCACUGCAAACAUAGACGCUCUCUCCACUUGCCCCAUCUAACCUCCACAAGCGAAAUUCCUUCCCUGCGUUCUCCCAUACCGGACCUCGAGGAUCGCGUGAUGCAUACGUCACGAGCCCCGCCUUCAUUUUUUUCUCUUCGCUUUUUUUGCAGCACGAUGCACUUCCCACUGUCGCGAUUGUCUCAUUUUGUGCAGCACACGAUCUUGCGUGCUGUGCACGUGGACACCUGACUAGUGGUACGUGUCUGUGUUACAUGAAUACUGAGGCAGACACAAGCGGAUCACAGAGCAUGAUUCCAUGCUGGAACACGGUAGAAAAUAACAUAGUUUCGGUGUCUGUGCACCCGACUGCAUGACGUGAGAACAAGCAGACGAAACGGAAGUACAUCCCUCUUGCUGCAUUGCGAAGUAAAACAAAACCAUGUAGACAUUCGGUUUGUGUUUUAUUAUUUCUCUAAGCUUUAAUUCGUUGAUUCUAGCAACAUAUUACACAAAUAACAGAUAUUGGCUUGAAUAAAUCUCGAAGUCAUGUCUUACCACGAGCGACGUCACAGCGCAAACAUGUGUAUGUAGGCGCACUAGCAUGUGUACGUCAUCCUCUGACUUGGAGCAUAGCAGCUGUGAGGAGAAGGGAAAACGGCAUUCGGUUUGAAGUUUCAUAAAUUUCCAUGGCGCAUAGCGACAUAAUACUUUGCAGACACGAUCGUUAUCACGCAUUGUAUGCUUUGCGCUUGUCAGCUCAAAAUGGCCAGACCUGAUGAGGAGCCCUUUAAGCCACCGUGGCCUCUGAAAAGCAAUUUCGGUGUUUUCUUUCAUUUUGCUUGAGGGGGACAUUGUUCUGCUUGUACAUAUCGGUGCAGAAUGUGUGGUCACAUUCCUGGCCGCAUGCUGAGGCCACAAAGAUGUUCAACAAUUCUUGUGAAUUUCAAGUUUCGAAGUGUUCAGUAAGCAUGUGAACAGCUUGUUCUCAAGUGAUGCUAAAUGUAGGAGCCUCAGCUCAUGGCUCUUCCACAAUUUCCUACCAUGGUACUUGGGGCUGUGGCCACCGUUAAAAGGGACUGGCAUCUUCUGCUUUCUUGCAGCUGUUUUCAGACCACCUUAAAAUUUUGAUUGGUGGUGUUUUUACUUACAUAAUCCUCACACCUCAAAGAAGUGACUCUUUUUUUACCUUGUAUAUUUAUCGCGGUGGUUGGAGUUGCAUUUUUGUUCUUCUGCAAAUACGAUAUGGAAUCUCAAGGAGUCCUAGCAGCACAAUAUUUCUGCCUGGGAGUUCUUAAGCAACUUUAUUGGUCUCAACUUGCUGCAUUCUGCUUCAAUUGCAUUUAUAUGUGCAUGCACUGAGUGCUGCACACAAGUCACUUCAGCUGGUCAUCUUGUUGUGCAAUGCGGGGCACGCAGUGUUCAAUCUUGUGCCCAGCGGUCUCCUGCACUGCUCACUGUGCCUAGGAGUUGCACAAGAGUCGUGCUUGUUACAUUUCCCGGUGUUCGUGCCUCGAUACUUAGUCUGUCUUUAUUGUAGCCUGGUAGUGUUGGAUUGUGAAUCUUUCAUUUUUAAUUUUUAUUUUUUGGUGCAUCAAUGCCUGUUUUGGUACAUUGUUUUUCUCUGUACGCAUUAAGCACUUCUGCCCUUGGCACUUGUUGGUUUUCACUGAAGAAGGCAAAACAGCUCGUGCUGUAGAUACAACUGUCUAUUGCAUGACGGUACCAUAAAACCCUGCAUAUUAUACAUCUCGAACAUUAAUGCACGAGACAGUACAGUGGUGGUAGAGAAGGAAAAAAGAAAUUUUGUCUGCACGGGAUACACGUAGUGCUUGCAUCAUGGACACGUUCGUGUCACACUUUGUUCUUUUCCAUGAAGCUUCUGGUGCCCUCUGGAUGCCCUCUGUUUCUAUUUAAAUGAAUAAUUUGUUCCUACUAUUUAGAACAUUGUAAAAGGGUUAACAAUUGUCUUUACUCUCAUAUAGCACAAAGGGUAAUCUUUACAGGAGAGUAAAAAGAAAGCUGUCUUGAUGUGCGGGAUUUUAUGGUAUUUGGUCAUUUGUUAAUUGGUCAAAGAAAAGAUGGAUGGCUGUGGUUUCUACUUUUUGACAGAACUGGGGUUAUUGACAAAAAUCUGUGGCUGGUUUAUUGGUUUGUAGGCAUUCUGGAAGUCUUUUUCCAUUUCAGCUUGGUAACUGUGUAUGUCUUGCUUCUAUUAAAAUAAAAUGCUCUAACAGCA